AUGAAGAUAACUUUUAUAAGCGACUCAUUAUCCUCUGUAUUUGAAAAACUAGGUAGAAUUAUAGCACGAUGUCCAAUUCACAUUAUUAUUGCGUCAGUGCUUCUAUCAGUACUACUUUCAUUGGGAUUACUCAAACUGAAAACAUCAGAACAUGUAGAUUAUCUAGUAAAGUCUGACAGAGGAAAAAUCUUCAGAAAUAAACAGUUUAUUGAAAAAACAUUUCCUAUAAACACAUCCGAAUUUUACGAUUUCACGAGAAUUACCGAUCGCCCACAAGCGGCAAUGGUUUACAUUAAAAAUAAAUACGGAAACAAUUUGAUACAAAAAGACAAUUUACUCGAAAUUCAACACUUGGAUGAAAUUAUUAAGAACAUAACGAUAGUUGUAAAUGAAAAAGUAAUAAAUUACAGUGUAAUAUGUGGAAUUGUGAACAAGAAGUGCAUGGAAAAUCCCAUAAUAAAUAUAAUGUCAGAAAUGGAUUAUCUACUUUCUGGAAGAAAAAAGUUGAAAUUUCCUAUUCAAAUUGAUCCGUUUACUUACAAAUACAAUAUUUGGUUAUUUAACUUUGGGGGAGUAAAAUAUGACGAGGAAGGAUAUGUUAAAGAAGUAGAAUGUAUGAGACUUGUUUAUCCUGUUGACGAAUCUGAUUUCAAUAAAACACAUUGGAUUCGGGAAUGGCGUAAAGCGUUUUUGUCGAAUGUCAACAAAUUAAACUUUCAUUCUAUUGAAGUAUACCCGUGUCCAAUAUUAGCUACUGAAUUAGAUGUUGAAGUUCUUGCUAAGCAGAUUACACCUUUGAUAAGUGUGGCUUUUAUUGUGGCAACAUUUUUUUGCGUAAUGACGUACAUGACGAAUAGUUGGGUAAGAAGUAAGCCGUGGAUGGGAAUUGCUGCAGUUGUUUCUGCUGGAUUAGCAGUUGUUUCUUCUUUCGGACUGAUGGGUGCAUGCGGAGUAGAAAACAUUAAGUAUAAUAUUAUUCUACCGUUUCUAAUUUUCGCUACAGAGAUAGACGACGCCUUCGUUAUAGUUGCAAAUUGGAGAAUUACAGAUGUUGAAGAUAGCGUGGAAGCACGAAUGGGAAAAACUUACUCUAAAUCUGCAGUUUCUAUUACCAUAACAACUUUGACAAACAUUUUAUCUUUCUGCAUUGCUAUGACUGCAGAGUUUCCUGGUGUGAGAGCCUUCUCUUAUUACGCUACGACUUGCGUUUGCUUCACUUAUUUGUACCAGAUUCUGUUUUUCGGAUCGUGUCUAGCUCUUAGUGGAUACAGAGAAGUUAAAUCAUUAAAUGCAUUUACAUUCAAAGUUGCAAAAGAAAGAAGCAAUGAAAAUCAAUCAAGUGAGAAAAAUGAAUUAGCUUUCAUGAACUUUUUCAGAGAAUAUUUCGCUGAAUUUCUUUCUUAUUCAUUCACUAAAGUAAUGAUUAUUAUUUUGUACAUUGUUAAUCUUACCAUCGGUAUUUGGGGAGUAACUUUUCUACAUGAGGGAUUAAAUACUUUUAAAUUUUAUUCAAAUGAUUCUAAAAUAACAGAAGGAUACCGAAUAUUUUAUGGCGACUUUACAGAAUUUGCAUUUCCUGUUCAAAUUGUCAUAAACAAAACAUUAGAUUAUUCUCAGGAAGACGUUCAGAAAUCAAUUGAAAAUAUAAUGUUAAAAUUUAAAUCUCACCCAAACGUCGCCGGUUCGGAAUUCGAAUUUUCCUGGUUGAAAUAUUACAAAGAAUUUCAGAAUCAUCCGGUCUCAAAAUUUGCCUUAAGAGGUUAUGACAUGACACAAAAACAAGAUUUCAUUGAUGGCCUUCGCAAUGUGUUCUUGAGAAUUAAAGCAGCCAAACAGUUUUCAAAUGAUAUUGUUUUUAACAACAAUUAUACAGACAUUACAUGCAGUCGAUUUUUCUUGGUAACUAAAAAUAUUACUCAUGGACAGACUGAGCGUACAGUAAUUAUUGACAUGAUGCAAUUAGCGGAACAAUCAGAUUUACCAAUUAUUAUCCAUUCCUAUUUUUCUUCAUCGAUAGAACAAAGUAUUAUCACCAAACAAAUUACUCUUCAGUUAUUUUGGUUAACAGCUGUUGUACUAUUUGUUGUUUUUCUUUCGUUUGUUCCAAACAUUGUUUGUGGAAUAAUUGUUGCAAUAGCUGUUGUUUCAAUAAUUGUCGAAACCGUUGGCUACAUGUCGUUAUGGGCUGUCAAUCUUGACGUUUUUUCAAUGAUGGCCAUAAUACUUUGUAACGGAUUUUGCGUUAAUUAUCCGACUCACAUAUCUUAUGCUUUUCUGACUUCGUCACAUUCUAAUUCGAAAGAAAAGCUUAAGGAAUCGCUUUUUCACGUUGGUUUUCCUAUUCUUCAAGGCUCUAUUUCCACAAUUAUCGUAUUACUUAUAUUUUUAUAUAGUAGUAUGUACGCAUACACCACCUUCGUGAAAAUCGUUGUUCUUAUAUCUCUACAAACGUUUUUUCAUGCUGUGGCUGUUAUUCCUGUAUUUCUUAGCCUACUCUAUCAAUUAUUUGCAAAGAAAAAUGACAAUAAUCGUUUUAAUAGUUUCGAAAUGGAAUAUAAUUCUAUUCGGGAUGCUAAAAAUUCAAACCAAGCGUCUGAAGUUGUAGUCUUAUAA